AUGAUUUACUGUAGAUUUUUUCCUUGUCUUCUUUCAGAAAAAAAUAGUAGUGGGUUUCAAUGGACAACAACAACAAUAAAAUCUUGUAGUGGCUCCUACAAUUCCCAGAUGAAUAAAAAAAUGAAACAUGCCAUAAACAGACGACGCAGGCAUAAGGAAGAAGAGAAGGAAAUGGAGGAGGUCCGUCUUUUUCACGUUUUGUGGUCCCGCUCUUCUUUUUGGCCGCUUUUCACUUUGUUCGAUCUCAAUUAUUAG